AUGAGUCGAGUGCGUCACCCGAACGUCAUCCAAAUCUACCAACUCAUCUUUACAGAAGAACAUUACUGUUUUGUCGUGGAACGACCAGAAUCCUGCAAAGACUUUUUCGACGUCAUUCAGGAUCGUAACUCCGCAGGAAACCCACUGUCAGAAAAAGAAGUGAGACGAUACAUCACUCAAAUCUUGGAAGCUAACAUCAGAUGUGAAGAAAAAGGUGUUGUACUCCGCGAUAUCAAGCCUGAAAAUAUCUUGCUGGAUUUAACAAAUGAUGAAGUGAAGUUGAUUGACUUUGGCUUGGCAUCUGAGAUACAAGAGGAGUCAUUUGAUAGCUUUAAAGUAUCUGCUGAAGUAGAACAGAAAUUCCUGAUGGUAACUGUCCUAACAAUUCUAUGGGCAAAUCUUGCCGUGGGCCACUUGACAAUGGGGUUGGUUGUUCAGCUACAGAUUUACUGGAGUGCUAACGACCCCUCGGUGACAGUGAAAGUGACAGUGAAGCUGACAUUUAAAGUGACCUUGACAGAGUGA